AUGUACACACGUGUGUUUUUCUGUAAACACACUGCCAAAGCGAGCCGCCACAGCCCCUUGGUACGAUCUCGUGUUGCUAGGGCGGCCUGGCGAUUAUACGCCGGGCUGGUGGACGAGGGUGUCGCGACGAGUCCGCCGCUGGCGACGGCCAAUGGGGGCGGAAUGGAGGCCGUUAGCUGCCCCUUCUUUCCUACCACCGACCAGGCUUUGGCACCGCCUCGUGUUGUGAGGCGAGCAAGCUGGGUAGAAUGGGCAUACCCCACCCGUUCAUCCCAGACAAAUCGACGUCCCUUGCACCGAUAA